AUGGCGUUGCCACUCCAUGUCGUCCUGCACGAGCCCGAGAUCCCGAACAACACGGGCAACAUCGGCCGCACGUGCGUCGCGACGGGCGCGAAGCUCCACAUCAUCAAGCCCAUGGCCUUCGACACCUCGGAAAAAGCCCUCCGCCGCGCCGGGCUCGACUACUGGCCCCGCCUGAACCCCACCGAGCACGAAUCGUUCGACGACUACAUGCGCAACACCGCCGUGCGUCCCGACAAGCUCUGGCUCUUCACCACCAGGGCCCACUGCCCCGUGUGGGAAGCGCCCAUCCACCCCGGCCACCACCUCGUCUUCGGCAAGGAAACCAGCGGCCUCCCCGCCGAGAUCCUCGACCGCUACCCCCACCGCUGCGUCACGCUGCCGAUGGUCGAGGACGAGCGCUCGCUCAACCUCGCGACGGUCGUGUGCGCGGCGCUCUACGAGGGCCUCCGCCAGUGCGCGCAGCGGCAUCAAUAUCUGGUCUGCCCGCGCGGGAAACUGAGGAUGUGA